CUCCGUCGUUUCCCUACAGCCUCAGGCUAUAGCAGGAAGACAUCAUCCUUUUAACCUGCCGAGAUCGCAACUGACAGCGACGGGCUUUCGUUUUUCAUAGACAGAACCAAGGUUCAUACAACUGAUCUUUUGUUUUCGCCUGCUGGCAGGUCAUACUUGACGACCACCACGCGCGACAAAUCAUCGACUGUUUGCUAAAAUAUCUGUUACAUCGAAAAUUCAAUGAACAAAGUUUCCAAUACAUCUGGAAAGACUCCGACGCCGCUCCCUUCGCAGUCAGCUUGGGCAAAGGGCCCGCCGCAGAGCAGUUCAUCCGCAACCCCUUCGCCGCGAUCGCAGUCUCCCGCUCCUACUCAUGUUGCAUCUCCAAUAGCUACUUCUCACUCGAGACGUCCAAGUGCGUUAGGCCAGGGCGUGUCCGUAAAAGAUGGUGUCUCAGUCCCUCGAAAUAAUGUGGGAUCAGUAGUACGACCAGCAUCCGUUGUGUUUGGAUCAAUAGAUGAUGCCUCGGCCCCGUUAUCUUCAUCACCGGCCGCCAUUCCCGCCGUCAAAACCGAAGUCGUAAAGUCUUUCGGAUCCGUACCUGCUACGUCUUCCAACCAUGUAAAUGGUAAAAUCUCAGCUUCUGCAUCGGCCACAGGGUCGUCGAAGCAGCCUCCACGACCAACACUCUCCAACUCCAGCACGUUAUCCUCAACGGCCGCAACAUUAACCGCAUCUACGCCUAAACCGUCCAGAGCAGAUAUAACAAAGCUCUUCCAGAAUCCCUCGUCAUCGUCUUCUCAGCCGUCUUCCGACACAUCCUCUCCUUCCACCCGGCCCUCUAAUUUACCUUCACACCACCAGCCAUCGUCAUCCUCCUCACAACAGCCACAGCCACAGCAACCCUCGCAACUCGGUACACAUUCAUAUUCGCAAUUCGUGCCCAAUAACAUGCGCCAACCGCAGCAGCCUUCUGGCACCCCACGCUCUCCUGCAUUCCCUCGUGCCGUGCCAAACGUGCAAGGCCCGUCUCGACAAGGAGCUGGCCCAGGGGGUCCCGGUGGCCCACCUAUCCCUGCCAGUCCCCGAAUGGCUCCGCAUCCACAUCAAGCACCUCCUGGAGGUAUAGGACAGCAGGUACCCAUGCAGCCCAUGUCAUGGCCUGGAUACUAUUAUAUGGAUCCAUAUCAACCACAACCUCCUUGGGGGUAUUAUGCUGUGCCCUCCCCACAUAUGCACCAACAACCCCCGCAACAUGUCCCUCAUGUCCCUCCUCAUCAACCUGGACCUCUUCCUAUGUCACCUCGCCCCGCAGCCCCCCAACUACCUGGCACACCCACCAUGGCACACGCUAUCCCGCACCCCCCUCAUACACCUCAACCGCCUCCCUCCAUAUCUUCACCACCACCCACGCCUUCCACUACCAACGCGCCUCGCCUUAAUACGAACGCACGCGACUUUGUUCCUGGCGGACGUCCUACAUCCAAGGUUACCAUCAAGAGCCAGGAUGGCAUGGAGGUGACGCUUGAUGCUCUCAAGAAGCACAGUCCCCAACCACCGACUGUUCCUAUCCCACCCGCAUCGCCUGUCGUGACCAAUCGACGGCAACCUUCGGUUUCAGUACGGAUUGAGAGCGAGGAAUCGAAGCGCGCGCGCGAGGAGAUUGCACGGAAAGAGCAGGAGAAGAAAGACGAGGAGGAGCGUGCGAAGAAGGAUGCUAUAGAGAAGAAGAAGCGCGAAGCAGAGGAAGAGGCUAAGCGGAUAGAGGAGGAGGAGGCUGCACGCAAGAGGAAGGCCGAGGAGGAGCGGAUACGCAUGGAGGAGGAAGAAAAGGAGCGGAUACGACAAGCAGAGGAAGCUGAGAAUGAGCGCCUACGUCAGGAGGAGGAAGACCGUCUUGAGGCAGAGCAACAAGAGGCAGAACAGGCACGCAUCGCACUGGAAGAUGAGGAACGGAAACAGCAGGAUGCUCUUGAAGCAGAGGAAGCUCAGCUCGAAGCUGAAGAAGCUGCUGACAUCGUUCAGACUUCAUCACCCACCAGCGAGUCUCAAGAGCCCGAGGACGGCGAAGUCUCCGAACACGACGAAGCUCUUGUGCCUCAGCUUAACGGUGAUAGCGGAAAGAAAUUGAAGGAGUCACUUCGGAUAGAUACGUCUGCGAUGCCCCCUCCCACUGAGAUUCCACGAAGACGUCCUGGCCCUCUCGACCUUGCUUCAACCACCAAGAAAGAUAUUUCUGCGCCUCCACCUUCCGCACUCCUCACAGCACGUGUUAUCGAGAAUCUCAGCGAGGUUGCGUACCCCGAAGGCAUCAAGAGCCCCAAGGUUGAACUCAAUGCAAACGUCAGGGAUGGUCGAUUCAGAUAUGAUCGUGACUUCCUUAUGCAGUUUAUGCAUAUUUGCAAGGAGAAGCCGCCUACCCUUCCUGCUCUCGACGUCCUUGGCAUUGAACCGGUCGAUCAAGCUUCGUUUCCCAUGGCCCGCGGUGGCUCUGGACGUCAUCGUAACGCCUCUGGUGCGAUGCCCGUUUCUGCCAACCGCCAGGCUUCUGUAGGUCUGGGCAUCGGUGGCUUCCAGAAACCUUCCGUUCCGAGCGGAUUCCAGAUGGGCAAUUUCCAGUCCCCAGGAAGCAAACUUACCAGUGAGGAGCGGUUUGCCAUGUCCAAUCGUUCUGCUUCAACUAGCAGUGCUACUUCCCAAUUCCGUUCCCCGAUGGUGCGCACGCCUAGUACAGGUGGGCCUGGCCAUCCUAUGCAUGGCAGCAACCGCAUACGCAGCAAACGCGGGGAGAAGCGUGGCGAUGCUAACAAGACACCGAUGUCUCAGCAAGAACAUGGUUCUGGCUAUGGCGUUGCACCCAUCCUGGGCGCUGGCUUCGAGCCCGUUGCACCUCUCGAAUUAUCUGCCAACCGCUGGGUUCCUAACAGUACGGCCCGGAAGGGUCAAUCUGAUGUCGAUUCACCUGAGCUGGUCGACCGUAAGGUCAAGGCACUACUCAACAAGCUCACGAUGGAGAAAUUCGAGACGAUUUCAGACCAGAUCAUCCACUGGGCCAACAAGAGCGUGAAUGAGAAGGACGGGCGAACGCUCAUUCAAGUCAUUCGGCUGGUGUUCGAGAAGGCGACUGACGAGGCUGCUUGGAGCGAGAUGUAUGCGCGGCUGUGUCGGAAGAUGAUGGAGCAGAUCAGUCCUGAGGUGCAAGAUGACGGGAUCAAGAAUACGGAGGGCAAGCCCAUUGCUGGCGGACAGCUGUUCCGGAAGUAUCUCCUCAACCGGUGUCAAGAAGACUUCGAGCGCGGGUGGUUCGCCAAGGAAGCUACUGCUGCAGCCGCUGCAGCGAAGGCUUCCGACGAUCAUGCAACUAAGACUGCUAACGACAAGAAGAGCACGGAGGAAGCUGAACUCUAUUCGGAAGAGUACUACGCUGCACAGAAGGCGAAGCGCCAGGGUCUUGGUCUCAUCAAGUUUAUCGGCGAGUUGUUCAAGCUGCAGAUGCUCACUGAGCGUAUCAUGCACGAGUGUGUGAAGAAGCUGUUGGGCAAUGUCGAGAACCCAGAGGAAGAGGAGAUCGAGAGCUUGUGUCAGCUGUUGAAGACGGUCGGCCAGUUGCUGGACACGCCGAAAGCCCGCGCGCAUAUGGAUGUUUACUUCACGCGCAUGAAAGAACUCGGAAAGAGUCUCAACGUCAGCUCUCGUAUGCAAUUCAUGCUUCAGGAUGUCAUUGAGUUGCGUGACCGUAAAUGGGUUAGCCGCAAUGCUGUUGCUGCGCCUACGACAAUCGCUGCUGUUCACGAGCUGGCCGCUAAGGAGAAAGCAGCUGCGGAGAAGGAGUCUUUCAACCGUCAGAUAAGCAUGUCUCGCGGUGGCUCUCGACGCGGUGAUAACCGGAACCAAGAACAUGGCCCUGACGGCUGGGCUGUUGCAGGUGGCAGUUCGGUUCCGCGGGCACCUCCCAAGGCUGGUGAUCUGUCGCAGUUCGGCAAGAUCUCCAAGGGCCCAGCCAUGGGAAUGGUAAUGGGUCCCAGCGGCAUCUUCGCGGCCGGCAAGAAGGACAGCAAGCGGGAGACACUUUCUCGAACAAAUUCGAGUUCGAACAUGUUCCACAUGCUCAGUCAGAACCCUGAACUCGCCCCUGAGGCAUCUACGAAACCCAGUCGUUCGUCGAGUCGGAAAACGAGCGUUGAUCUUGGUCAUGCUGGUGUUCCUGAGCCCGCUGUACAGCGCAGGAGGCUCCAGCUUCUUCCACGGUCCGUUCAUACUACUGAAGAGAACGCCACGACACCUUCGGAAGAAGAACCUGAAAGCGCACCCAUGGCCAUGUCAGCAGCAGACGUGAAGAAGAAGAUUGAUGAAGAUGUAAAAGAGUUCUUUGCUGUUCGCAAUCUUCAAGAGGCGGAGGUUUACUUUGCCAAUCUUCCUGACGAGCACCGCUUCCGGCUCGUGGACAAACUGGUUGCGUCCGCGCUUGAGAGCAAGGAGGCGGAUGCGAGGUUGGUCGGUGAUUUCUUCGCGCAGGCUACGAGUAACGGACAGUGUACGCUUGAGGUCAUUGAGGAGGGGUUCAUGCCCAUGGCGGAGUUUUUGGACGAUAUUGCCAUUGAUGCUCCCAAGGCAUUUGACUACAUGGCUAUUAUGCUCAAGGGCGCUGGAUUCGAGAAUGAGCCUGAGAGACUCCAACGGAUCGCUUCGAAGCUCGAGGAUAGCGACAAGCUAGUCUCUCUCGUUGCAUGAUCUGUCCUACUCAUCUCACAUUGUCGAUUCCAUUUUUCUUUACCUGCAUUCUUAUCGCAUUUUCGUUUUCCGUUUUCUGAUCGUAUUGCACGUGUUCUUGGUGUUCUGCAAACUAAUAUAUACAUCGCACGGCACUUUUGCGUUUGUCCUCUUUUUUGUUAUCGUUCACUACAUACAGCGGCAUAGGCUACAGCUAGCAGUACAUCAGGUACAGCAAUAUCAUUUCAGAUUCCGACCUUUCC